AUGACCGAGUUUUUCCACCCUCUGCUAAAUUGUUUUAUGAUCAUAAUUGUUGUAAAUGCACAUGGUGGCACUGCAGUGGCAGUUUUGGCAAUUGCCGCGGCUUCUCUGGUUGCUGUUAAGAUGACAGGAAAUGUGGCUAUACUUCUCAUUCAACGGAUCCGACAUGCCUUGAUUGGAAGAGCAAUGGAUGAUCAAGACAUGCGUAAAAUUCUUCACUUCUUAAUGAACGACUCGGUUGUCUAUGCUCUAAAUGAUUGCAAAAGUGAAGUGAUUGAUCCUGAAUCCUUCAGAUUUAAAGCUGAAAUAGGUGAGGAAGUUGUAACAGCUUUAGGAAGUGAAGUAAUCCGGUUAGAGAAACAGAUCCGAGAGCUUGUCCCUGGAAUCUAG